AUAGUGGUAUGCUCGGAACAUAGGUUGAGUUAUUGUGAGAAAUGCGAUGUCGACUUUAAUGGCUUAAAUUAUCUACAUCAAUUCUUGAAGGCUGCACCGGCUGAUGCUGUUCCUCCUCCGCCUAAUGUGCCACCUCCACCUCAAAGGGCUACCGUGGUUAAGCAGUUGAAGGAACAGGGGAAUACCGCAUUCAAAUCCAACAACUUUGGUCAAGCUAUACAACUUUACUCCAAAUCCGCUGAUAUGGCCUUGACACGUCCUCCUUGGGAACCUUCGGCUAUUGGGAAAGACGAAGUGGUCGUAGCUUUGUGUAAUCGUUCGGCGGCGUUUGCGUUUGCCGGGGCGUGGCUGAACGCUUUGGCAGACGCAGAGGCUGUGGUGAUGAUCAAGAGACCUUGGACCAAGGGUCAUUUCAGGAAAGCACGCGCUUUGGUCGGUCUAGACCGUCUGGAAGACGCUCGAGAUGCAUUGGUGGAUGGACUACAGUUUGAGCCGGAUGACAAGGUG